ACAUACACCCACAUACACACGCCUUCACCUCCUGCACUCUUCAUCCCCGCCACACAUCACCGGACGAGUUACACGGUGGACACUUCAGGGAGCCCAUUCAGGAGAAUUAUGGAUACUAGGACGACCGGCUACGGCUACAGCCGCUCCGGCAGCUCCCCCUCCAGCGGGUUCCGCUCCCAGUCCUGGUCCCGGGCAAGCCCCGGCUCCACCAUGACCACGUCCUACAAGAGGAGCGUGAAUAUGCCGGUGUCCCGAGCCUACAGCUCCACGGUGCUCAGCUCCGCAGAUAGCGGUGACUACCAGACUUCCAUGAUGAACGGAGACUUCAAGCGAUCCAAUGAGAAGGAGCAACUUCAAGGGCUCAACGACCGUUUCGUUGUUUACAUCGACAAGGUGCACUACCUGGAGCAGCAGAACAAGCAGAUCGAGGACGAGAUCCAGGCGCUGCGCCAGAAGCAAGUGUCCCGCUCCCAGCUGGGCGAUCACUACGACCAGGAGCUGCAGGAUCUGCGGUCCAUGCUGGAGCAGAUUCACCACGACAAGACGCAGAUCCAGCUCGACACCGACCACGUCGAGGAGGACAUCCAGCGGCUGAGGGACCGCUAUGACGAAGAGGCUCGCAUCCGGGAGGAGACCGAAGCCAUUAUCCGCGUCCUGAGGAAGGACAUGAGCGAGUCGGAGUUGGUGAAGUCGGAGUUGGAUAAAAAAGUUCAAUCUCUGCAGGAUGAGAUCGCCUUCAUCCGCAACAACCACGAGGAAGAGGUGAGCGAGCUGAUCGCCCAGAUCGAGGAGUCUCAGGUGACCGUGGAGAGGAAGGAUCUGCAGAAGACGGACAUCACCGAGGCUCUGCGGGAGAUCCGCUGCGAGCUGGAGGGUCACUCCAACCAGAACCUGCAGCAGGUGGAGAACUUGUUCAUGUGCCGCUACUCCAAGCUCACCGAGGCUGCAGAUCAGAACAAGGAUGCCAUAAAGUCCGCCCGUGAUGAGAUAUCAGACUACCGCCGCCAGCUCCAGUCCAAGACGGUGGAGUUAGAAGCCAUCCGCAGGACAAGAGAGUCUCUGGAGAGGCAGCUGAAUGAAAUCGAGGACCGCCACAGCAGCGAUCUGUCCAGCCUUCAGGAGACAAUUCACCAGCUGGAUAAUGAGCUCAAGAGCACCAAAUGGGAGAUGGCACGUCACCUGCGCGAGUACCAGGACCUGCUCAAUGUCAAGAUGGCAUUGGACAUUGAGAUUGCUGCAUACAGGAAACUCCUAGAGGGCGAGGAGACUCACUUCAGCACUUUCCCCUAUCGCCAGGCGGUCACCCCCACUAAAGUAUUUAAGUCUAAAUCCGACGCUCCCAAGAUUAGGGUGCAACACAAGUUUGUGGAGGAGAUCAUCGAGGAGACGAGGGUGGAAGAUGAGGCGACUGACCUUGACGAAGCCCUGGCAGAGAUAGCACAAGAGCUGUCCGCUACACUCGGAGGUGGAGGAGACGAGGGAGAAGAAGAGGAGGGGGAAGAAGGAGGUGAGGGAGAGGAAGAAGAGGGUGAGGAGCAAGAGGGGGAGGGGGAAGGCGUUGAGGAGGAAGUUGUAGCCGCCAAAGCCAAAGUUAGCUCUAGCGCACCUGCUAAGGAGGAAGAAGAAGAGGAUGAUGGAAAAGAUGAGGAUGGGGAAGGAGAGGGAGGUGAAGAAGAAGAGAAGGAAGAAGAUGGUGAGGGGGAAGAUGAAGGAGAAAAGGGGGAUGAUGCAGAGGGAGGUGAUGAAGUAGAAGGAGACGAUGGAGGAGAGGAUGAGGAGGAAAUUGAGGAGACAGUGCUCUGCUCCAAAGCGCCCGAGUCUAAAGCCUCUCCUGACCAAGAGAAGGCUGGAGACAAAGAAGGCAGCGGAGGAGAAGAGGAAGCUGGUGCCGAUGAGGAAGAUGGAGAACAGGACGAAGAUGCCGGCAGUGACAAAGCCUCCAAGAGCGUAGACGAGAAAGAGGAUAAAGAGGAUGCUGAGAAAACCACAAAGGAAGAUAGCAAAAAAGACGAGAAGAAAGAGGAAGAAGUUGUAGCCAAGACAGACGCUUCAAAAACAGAAUCUGCAAAGCCCGAGUCCAAGAAAGAAGAGGCACUCAAAACUGAGGCAUCAAAACCUGAUUCCCCAAAGUCUGAAUCUCCUAAACUUGGAUCUCCAAAGUCUGAGACCCCUAAACUUGGAUCCCCAAAGUCUGAGACCCCUAAACUUGGAUCCCCAAAGUCUGAGACCCCUAAACUUGGAUCCCCAAAGUCUGAAUCUCCUAAACUUGGAUCCCCAAAGUCUGAAUCUCCUAAACUUGGAUCCCCAAAGUCUGAGACCCCUAAACUUGGAUCCCCAAAGUCUGAAUCUCCUAAACUUGGAUCCCCAAAGUCUGAGACCCCUAAACUUGGAUCCCCAAAGUCUGAAUCUCCUAAACUUGGAUCUCCAAAGUCUGAGACCCCUAAACUUGGAUCCCCAAAGUCUGAAUCUCCUAAACUUGGAUCCCCAAAGUCUGAGACCCCUAAACUUGUAUCCCCAAAGUCUGAGACCCCUAAACUUGGAUCCCCAAAGUCUGAAUCUCCUAAACUUGGAUCCCCAAAGUCUGAGUCCCCUAAACUUGGAUCCCCAAAGUCUGAGACCCCUAAACUUGGAUCCCCAAAGUCUGAGCCCCCUAAACUUGGAUCCCCAAAGUCUGAAUCUCCUAAACUUGGAUCCCCAAAGUCUGAGUCCCCUAAACUUGGAUCCCCAAAGUCUGAGACCCCUAAACUUGGAUCCCCAAAGUCUGAGACCCCUAAACUUGGAUCCCCAAAGUCUGAGUCCCCUAAACUUGGAUCCCCAAAGUCUGAGACCCCUAAACUUGGAUCCCCAAAGUCUGAGACCCCUAAACUUGGAUCCCCAAAGUCUGAAUCUCCUAAACUUGGAUCCCCAAAGUCUGAGACCCCUAAACUUGGAUCCCCAAAGUCUGAAUCUCCUAAACUUGGAUCCCCAAAGUCUGAGUCCCCUAAACUUGGAUCCCCAAAGUCUGAAUCUCCUAAACCUGAGUCCCUUAAAUCUGAAAUUCCCAAGCCUACAUCUCUGAAGCCUGAAUCCCCAAAAGCAGAGUCUCCCAAGUCGGAAUCUCCAAAACCUGAAUCUCCUAAAGCUAAAUCCCCAAAGACCCCCCUUCCCGAGACCCCUAAAGCCGCUGAAGAGAAAUCAGAGAAAAAGAGCGACCUAACAGAGAAUGUUGAAAAGAAGGAUGUUGCCAUGAACGGCGAUGAAGACAAGAGCAGCCCAGAGGAGAGGAAGGACGAGGAGAAAGAAACCGACGUGGUCUCUAACGGCGUUGACGAGAGUACGGUCAAAGAGGACGGUAGCCAAAAAGUAGUGAUCACCAAAACCGUGGAGACGAUCACCACUGGAGAGGAUGGAUCCAAGCGCGUCACCAAAUCUGUAACUGUGACCGAAACAGUGAAGGACGAGGUGGAGGAGGUGAAAGAGGAGGUGCUGGUGUCCACCAAGAAGACAGAGAAGCACUCCUCCCUGUCCAUCAAGCAGGUGACAGAGGGCGAAUAAGCGGAUUCCUGACCGGCGAUCUUGCAGAGAUGGGCAAGUGGAGAUGACAAGCAAUCAACCCAAACUAACAUAACAAAGAAAACCAUACAGCUAGAGCGAUGUAAUAAAGAUAACAACUCUCGAACAUACAAAACAAAUCAUAGAGAGAAGCCAAACCUUAAAUGCUACGAAUUUCAAAAAUGCAUGUUGAGUGACAGCUUUAAACGGGCUUUGCUGCAGUCAGUAGCAAGCGACUGAGACAUGUUAUCCUCUUUUUCUUUCUUUCUGCAGUUCACGGGCGAGCUCACAGGAGGGAGGGAGGGGGGUCUCUGCAUGCAAUAGCUCAGGAGAGGGGGGAGUACUUCACUUCCUUAUCUGUAUGUAUGGUAAAUACACUGUAAAAAGAGUAAAUAUGUAAAAGGAAUAAAUGUAACGUGGGUGGGAGAGUGAGAUGUAUAAUUGAAGUUGAGUUUUUUUGACGUUAUGUAAAAGGAGUGGGAAAGUAGGUGGGAGGGUCCCCAAGUGCUCUACUGACGACGCCUUACUUGACACGGUGACUGAGCCAAAAAGAAACUAACAACACAACGUACAGAGAAGAGAGAGACAGGCAGCGGUAUGAUAAACACAUGGCCGUAAACAUCCAGUAACUGAAGCAGUUGAACAAACAUGAAGAAACUCCUUAGCCUUAAACACGCUUUCUAUCAGUGUCUGUUAUGUUCACUGAGUGCAACUGAAAAAGAUAUAACUGUAAAUGUGCAUUUUCAUGCGUUCUUGUAUGCAUAGGAUGGACUUGAAUUUAAAUACAGAAAUAAAUGAGGUGCUACUGUUUGCAAUCCCAUGACUUUACUCAUCAUGAACGAUUUCAGCAUUUGCUUAAUAAAUGUCAUAAUGAAGAAAAAACUAAAAA